UGAUAGUUCACUGCUUUUGUAUAGUGUAAGAGCAUGUGUGGGCUAGGCGGACGUCAUGGGUUCGAACUUCUGCAGACAAAAGCCUGUUUCUGAUGAUGACGAGAUAGACUACUCCGUUAAGCCAGAAUUUUAUGAUCCAGAACUUAACGACAAGGAUGAACUCUGGGUGCAGAAGAAAAGGGGUGGUCGUACUUCCGAUGCCAUCCUUAAUUGUCCAGCUUGUUUUACCACACUUUGUCUAGAUUACCAAAGGCAAGAAAAGAAUGUUACGCAGUACCGAGCAAUGUUUGUGGUCAAUUGCAAGAUCAAGAGUAAACAAGUGGCACAGCUUAGAAAUAAACGAAAGAGGGGUAAGAAAGGACGUGGAUCUAGUGAGGCUGAUGCACAUUCUGAUAUAGGCGAGACAUCUAAACAUAUAUGCUGUUUAGUUUGUUCGACGGAUGUUGGAGUCAUCGACGAAGAUGAGGUCUAUCAUUUCUUUAACGGUAUUCCUAGUGAAUCUUGAUAUUUUCCUCCCGAAAUGGCCUUAAGCGCUCAGGAUAAAAUUUGUUUAAUAGUACUAUGUUUUCGGCGUCGCAUUGCAGAAAACUUAAGGGGUCAAAGAGCACUUUCCUUUUGUAUUUUUUUUUUCUUUUCAGAAGGGUUCUGUUUUUGGGUGGGGGUGGGGGGGAUAGUUCUCUUGAUGACGGGUCGCUCUGCCACUUCAUGUUUUAGAUCAGUUGUAUUUUGAACUGCAAAAUAGUUGUAGUUUGUGCUAAGUAAAAGCUCCCUGCUUCUCCUUAAUGAAUGUUGAAGUAAACAAUUAGUAAAGUUUGGAGGAAAGCCUACUUAGUAUAUGUAUGGCAAAAUGAUGGAGAAGAAGUUGAAAGUUGACCAGAGCCAA